AUGGCGGAGCCCUACGUGAGACCGGGCGCAGGCCGGGGGCUCCCGCCGGACACCGCUCACCCGCCGGGCCCCCGCCCGAGGGGACACCCCAGGUCAGCACCGCCCGAGCCCCCGCCCGCCCCUCGGCCCCGCCCGGAGCCCCGGGGGCCGCUCCCCGCUUGGACCCGGCGUGCGGGGCCCCGGGCCGGGCUGACGGGCUCCGCGCCGCCGCCUCUGCCCCGCAGGUGCCCCCCGGCCCCGGGCAGUGCCCCCGCGGACCCCUCCGCGCCGCCCCCCCGGGCGCUGGGGCCGCCCCCGCUGGGGCCCGUGGGCGCUGCCCCGCGGGCCGAGGCGCGGCCGUGCCCGGAGGAGCGGGAGUGCAGCGUGUCCGCCGACACCGUGCUCGCCCCGCUGCGGGCGGCCCUGGACUCCUGCCGGCCCUCGGUGCAGAAACAAGUGUGCAAUGACAUCGGGCGGCGGCUGACAGUGCUGGAGGACGCGUGGGCUCAGGGGAAGCUGUCAGCACCGGUGAGGAAGAGGAUGAGCCUCCUGGUGGAAGAGCUCCAGCAGCAGCACUGGGACGCGGCUGACGAGAUCCACCGCUCGCUCAUGGUGGACCACGUGAACGAGGUGAGCCAGUGGAUGGUGGGCGUCAAGCGCCUCAUCGCCGAGACACGGAACCUGCCCGACACAGCGACCGACGGCAGCGCCGAGACCGAGCCUGACACCGAGCCUAAGACCGAGACCGAGCCGGGCCAGGAGGAGCCCUGAAGGCGGGGCCGGGGCUGUGGACUGUGAGCGGGGCAGCCCCUGCCCAGGGCUGCCGGCAGGAGCAGGGCCCCUGCUGCCAGAGGGAGUCGGGGCACCCCCUCUGCCUCCCAAUCCUCAUCCAGGAACAGGGGAUUUUAAUCAUUGCGACAUUUUAGUGGCGAUUCAUUAUGUUUAAUAAACAACACCAACCUGCCCCCGG